UAAGAGCUGAGUGUCUUUUCCCCUCGGUUAGACAGCAAAGACGCUUCCAUCGUUUUAUUACUCUCGUAGACCUUGGACUCCUCCUGGUAGGCCACCCAGGUGUGGUCGACCUCUGAGGCCUAGUGUUACCUUAUAGUGUGACCUCUGACCCCUGGUGUGAUCUUGGGCCCAGGCUGGGACCAGCCCCUGGUGUGGGCUGAGGGGGCGGUCAUGGAGCUAGGUAGCUGCUUCGAGACCUACAAGGACUUCAAGGAGUGCUUCAGCGCCUACAAAAAGGAGAACAGGUGCUCCUUCAUUCUCAGGGACUGCGUCUCCGUCCGGUUCCACAACCUCAACCAUGGCACUUCCAUCCGUGAGGAUAUCCUAUAUGUGCAGGUGAAAUUUGUCUGUAUUCGGACCCAGUCCAACAGGAAGAGACCACCAGAGACAGAUAUGUGCCCAGCAUACUUGCUCCUGCAGUACAACGAGAAGCUAGAUAGACUAUUUAUUAGUGAACUGAACACCAAGCAUAUACAUGUUGACUCCAAAACUGCUGGUCCUGGAAGAGACACUGCUGCCAAAGUGCAGAAGACAACUUGCCUGCAGAAACCCCAGCCUAUGUGUUCCACAACCAAGAAAAACCUUGAUACGACUGAGAAGUUUCCAGUUGAACCAUCAUUUUGCCAAGGUAAGGUCCAGGUGCCCUCAAAGCCUGAGCAGGAAAGCAUCACUCCUUCUGACCUGGCCAAGAUAGCAAAGGUGAUGAAGAACUUUCUCAAGGUAGAUGAGGGUUCCAUGGCCUCCCUCAGUGUGGGCAACAGCCAGGACCUAGACCGACUCAGUUUCCAGAGCAGCAAGAUGGGCUAUCUGUUCAUCCGCUUCCCAGAGAAUCUCCUGCUGCACCGGGUAGAGAAUGCCCAGGGCCAUAUCCUCUAUGCGUUUUUGGUGGAGAACAAGGAACGAGAGGGUCGAGUGGUACACUUUGCUGUGCUCAAGACCGAGACAGCUACAUCUGUGGCCAAGAUGCUGAGCAUCUUCACAGAAUUCAACUCUGAUUGGCCUAAGGUCAAGGUGGUCUUUGUGGACCCAUCCUUCCCUCACCGGGCCAUCCUGCAGGAGAUCUUCCCUGGUGCCCGCAUCCUCCUUUCCAUCUACCACACAACCCGACUCUUGGAGAAGAAGUUGCAUCGUAGUUCAGCUGAGCCAUCCUUUAAAUGGCUCAUGAAGGAAGCCCUGCGGAAGGCUGUGUUUGUCACUUCUGAUGCCAGCCUGCAAAAUCUCUCUCAGAUGUCCCAAGCCCUACUAGAUGAGGAUCUCUUCAGCUUCCUACAGGCCCAUUGGUUCUCCUGCGAGCUGCUAUGGUAUAUGCAUGUCAGGAAGGGCCUGCACGCGUGUAACACCUACAUGGACAGCCUGGAUGUUGUCACCAGCAAAGUGUCAAGCCUUUUUCGAGAACAGCAGUCCCUGCUGGACUGCAUCCUCAGCUUUGUGGACUACAUAGACUUAUUUAAUACCAAAGGCUUAAAGAACUUGCCCACAGCUCCUCCCAAGUUAAAGCGGGCCCGGCCAGCAAGCAGCAUGCUGCCAAGGUCCAAGAAGGCUUUUGGAAUCUGUGGAGGGAGCCUCACCAAGCCUUCCUGGCUCCCUGUGGAAGCGACAAAGUCAGACUCACAGCAGCAGGUGCAGCCCUCCCAAAGUGGUAUGCUAGACAUCUUACACCAGUGUGGCUCCACGCUGGCCUAUAAGCUGUGCCACAGUGAGUGGGAGGUGGUACAGAACUCCACCCACCUGGUGGAGGUAGCUGGCUCCUCAGUGGACGUGCAGCUGCUAGAGGACUCUCACCAGGUUAGCAAAGAUGGCUGUAGCUGCAGCUGUUCCUUUCAACAGUGCUACCGCCUGCCAUGCCGGCACAUUUUGGCCCUGUUGCAUACCAGCCAGCAGCCUGUGGGCGAAGCCAUGGUGUGCCGCCGGUGGCAGAAGAGAUACCAGCACCUCCUUGGACCCAAUGGGGACACUGUUUUGGUCCCAAAUGCAGGCCAGCCUGGGAAGCAAGGACAACAGGACAUGAUUCAGGACCUUAGCAGGGAGUUGGCGAACCUGCUAAUGCAGAGUGAGGGGCCGGAGCUGGAGGAGCGCUUUUCCACCCUGCGCAAGAUUGUGGACAUCUGGGCUGACCCCUACCAGCUGCCCGAGCCCAUUCAGCAGCCAGGAGACUUCGAGGAUGUAGGCCAACUCCCUUUCCUCUGGGGAAAACCAGAGGAAGCGGAGGUCCCUCCUGCUGGAGCCGUGAUUCAUGAUUGAAGCAUUUGAGCUAGUGCACUGGGCCACAAACCCUUCUCCUUGGAAGUCUGAGAGCUCAAAGUGGGCAGGUCAUAUUGGGGUCAGCUUUUUAUAACCAGUGUCUUCCUAGGGUGGGCUAGGAAGAUGUUACGGUAGAAAGGAAAGGAAUUCACUGUGUGUGUAACAACCCUUUUCUCUCCUACCUUUGGCAGUCUUCAGGAGUCUCAUUCAUUGUUCAAGGCCAAAGUUAUUUCCAUGCUGAAAGGUCAUCCCUCCUCCCCCCACCCCCAAGAUCAGAUCCUAUUCACUUUACAGAGAUGAACACCUGCCCCAGGAGAAGGUGGGACAAAAUGGGCCUGGCGAAAGGGCCUGUUUUCAGGGACAGAGGAAGAAGGGUGAUCUUUGGCUGUUGCUGCUCUCUAAGAAUCUCAUCUGUCAUUUGUAUCUAUUUUUAUUUGUAUUAAAUAAAGGUUUUUUGUUUUUUGUUU